CAGAAGUAAACAACGGACAAGAUGCGCAGUUACCUGGCCCCGGUGCUCCUGCUGCUGGGCAUCAGCCUCACGUUGGCCCAGUACCAGUACCAGGCCCCCCACCAAACCCUCGCCCAGCAGUUCGCCGACGUGGUGGAUGUCGUCGAUCCCGUCGAGGAGCAGUCCCUCAAAGCCUCGCGGCGGCCGGUGAAGAAUCGCAAUACGUGCACCACCAAGCAGAACUGCUUCUGCGGCACUCCGAACGUCAACCGAAUUGUGGGUGGCCAGCAGGUACGCUCCAACAAAUACCCGUGGACCGCUCAGCUGGUGAAGGGUAAGCACUAUCCCCGCCUCUUCUGCGGCGGCUCCCUGAUCAACGAUCGCUAUGUGCUGACCGCUGCCCACUGUAUCCACGGAAACCGGGACCAGAUCACCAUUCGCCUGCUCCAGAUCGACAGAUCCUCGCGGGAUCCUGGCAUCGUGCGCAAGGUGGUGCAGAGCACUGUCCAUCCCAACUACGAUCCCAACCGCAUUGUCAACGAUGUGGCCCUGCUGAAGCUGGAGUCCCCAGUUCCUCUCACUGGAAACAUGCGUCCCGUUUGCCUGCCCGAGGCCAACCACAACUUUGAUGGCAAGACCGCUGUGGUCGCUGGCUGGGGUCUGAUCAAGGAGGGCGGAGUCACCUCCAACUACCUGCAGGAGGUGAGCGUGCCCAUCAUCACCAACGCCCAGUGUCGCCAGACGCGCUACAAGGACAAGAUCGCCGAGGUGAUGCUCUGCGCCGGAUUGGUGCAGCAGGGUGGCAAGGACGCCUGCCAGGGCGACAGUGGCGGUCCGCUGAUCGUCAACGAGGGUCGCUACAAGCUCGCCGGCGUGGUGUCCUUCGGCUUCGGCUGUGCCCAAAAGAACGCCCCGGGUGUCUACGCCAGGGUCAGCAAGUUCCUCGACUGGAUCCAGAAGAACACCGCCGACGGCUGCUAUUGCCAAAGCUAG